AUGUAUUCUAACACUUGUCCAUCGCAUGCAGGCCGGUUCCCAUUAAUUUACGACACUUCAGCAUCCAGCAUCAGUAACGACUCAAAUGAAACUUCGCAACACGGAUCAAAUCGCACGUCUUCUCAUGAUUCCCAUAUAUCCGGACACUCUCGCAGUCCCACCAUAGAUUUUCAAGUACAAUUACACCCUGAUGAUUUGGAUGGGUACUAUUCAGUUUCUUAUACUUCGCCUGAUACACUAUCCGAUCGCUGGGAUUCUGAUGGUAGAUGUGAUUCCCAAGAGUCAGAACCCCCGCAUAUACCAUCAAUCGCCCUACCUCCGGACUUCGACAUUGAUGCGGCACUCAAAUUAAAUACUGCCGAGGCGCUGCAUGAUGUAUUCAGGGCAAAUGGCCUCGAGGUUGAUGGCAGUGGUCCGAAAUGGACCCUUCGUUGUCCUGACUGCAAGGUAUGGUGCCAGACCAGCAUACCCUCAGGCCUUAUGCUUUGGCAUGAAGGCCAAUUCAGCUCCUUGGUCAGCCAUCGAGGCAGCGAGCGGUGCAUUCACGUUCGAUCGUUAUUUCAGUCCGAUAGUACCGACUCCGACUUGGACCUGGACCCUUUGAAUUUCUCAGAUUCCGAGACUCAACCGUUACGCGCCGAAGCCGAGGAACCUUCUAUUGAUAUUCCCACAGAGCUCAGACUAAACACACCCGAUUCGCUCCUUAAGGUGUUUACGCCCGGACACCUGGCUGUUGGCAUCAGCGAUCGGUCACACUGGACCCUUCAAUGCCCUGACUGCGACGGAUGGUGCCAGACAAGUGUCUCAUCUGACAUCCCUCUCUUUGCACCUGAUCAGUUCAAAGCGUUCAGCAACCACCGGGGAAGCAAAAAGUGUCUGCGUGCAGCAGCUGUUAAAAGGCAGACGGUAUCAAGCAACGUGCCUGAUGGGAAUGAGGCUUCAGCUUCUCAGCCUAUUCUAUCAGAUCAUCGACUUUCUCGUUCAACAUCCCCUCGUCCAGUUACUACUAUCUGUACUGGUAUCCCUGUCCUCUGGCCGGAGGACCUUCGACCAUUCGUUAUGCUCUUCCCAUGGGAACGAUACCACGAUGGCCCAGAUGCAUUACCCUUCCUUGUUGAUAGCAGUAAUCCCCAUCUGCCUCGUGUCCGAUCAAAAAUUGCCCGUGGCUGCCCUCCAAUCCAUUUACCAGAUUCGACCAAACUGCUUCGUUUCAAAGGGUAUAAAUCUUCAAAAUUACAUGUAUUCCCGCUCUACUCCCGCUGGUGUCUCUUCAUCGGCAUUGGACUUGCCUCAUAUAUAUACUCCCUUGACGCCUCCACGACUUAUGCAUACCUCACAUUCGCGACUUCAUUCUUCGGUAAACACAGCCUCAUCAGUUCCAUCACCGUCGCACAGUCCCUCAUCGUUGCUGUUGCCUAUGUCGGCGUCUUGAUCUUUUACGUUCUCGGCUACGCCGUGAUAGCCUCAGCCCCCAACGUCAGCACCAUAGCCGGGGGCAUCAUUCUAUACGCCGUUGGAUACACCGGAUUACAGCUGCUCACACAGAUCAUCAUCGCCGAUAUCACAACCCUCGCAUGGCGCGGCCUAGUCGUCUCCCUUGUCUCAGCACCCUUCCUCGUCAACGCGUUCAUCGGGUCAAACAUAUCCUCGGCAGUCAUCGAGCAUAUCGGCUGGCGAUGGGGCUACGGCAUGUUCGCCAUCCUUGUCCCCAUCUCCCUCGCGCCCCUCAUCAUCACCCUCCUCUGGGCAGAACGCAAAGCUAAAAAGCUCGCCCUCCUCGACUCCACCAAACCACGCACCCGCAGCGUCUCCGUCUCAAGUCCCCCAAGCCUCAAACACGAAUCCACACUCGCCCGCUUCCUCCGCUCCGCAGAACAGCUCGACUUCGUGGGACUCGUUCUUCUCGGGUUUGCGGUUUCGCUCACUUUGCUUCCGUUGACGAUUAGUCAGACUGUGAAUGGACAGCGGAAGAAUGGCUCGAUCAUCGCCAUGCUCGCAAUGGGAGUCGUCCUCCUCGCCGUAUUCGCAGUAUGGGAUCUCCGCUAUGCCACCAUGCCCGUGAUCGCCCCGCGGUUCGUGAGGAACAGAAGUGUCGUAUGUGCAGCGUGUAUAGGCUUUUUUGACUUUAUGUAUUCAUUCGUCCUAGUGGUGAAACCCUGGUCCAUCGUGAACGCGACAUACUUCAUCCAGACCCAAUCCGUCGCACUGACAUUCUUUGGCAUCCUCGCAGGCCUCAGCAUGCGUUUCCUCCAUCGGUACAAGUACGUCCUCGUAAUCGGACUCGUCAUCCGCCUAGCGUAA